AAAUUUUCUUUCAUUUAAGGCAAAAAUUCUUUCAUUUAUAUCUAUUACUAGAGCGGUUAUUUGUGGUAAUAUAUAAAACAAACAUAUCACCCUAUGCUAACAAUAAAAAUAAAUAUCAUAACUUCUCAGUAUUCUUACUAAGUUUUGCUCAUCUUCCAGAUGCAACAUCACCGUGAAGGGCAACGACAAUUAAGGCAAAAAUGUAACAAGGCCUGUAAUGAGUGACAAUUUCCAUUUGUUUUCACUACACCCUCAGUCACAGCCACUCUGCUUCGUUCGUGAGCGAUGAAUCGUCACUCGACCAAACGAGUUUGCUACCUUACCUCCCUGUGGAACGCCCUGUGUCACCUUCACCGAUUCGCCUCGGUGCAGAUUAAGCAUAUGUUUUUAAUGAAACGAUUUUUUCUUUUAAUUUCCCUGUCUGUUGCACUUUCUCUCGUGUUUUCUUGUGUUUGCGUUUUGUUUGCCAUAUCGCACGGCUUUGCCUUUCGGUGUCAGAAUCGGUGCCACUUUACGCUGUCUCGUGUGGAAUGGCUUGGUGGACUGCAUUGUACCAUCCAUUGUGCCAGUUGCAUCGUAGCGACGAUGGUGGUGAAUUCGAUUGGUGCUGUCCUACCGCGAGCUGUCGAUCGUAGCCAGCUCGUACAGAACCGCUGGAAUCCGUACACAUCCGGUGGAUACGAACCGACCAUGCCACUAGCACCUGGGUACGGCUCACCGUACGAUGUGUCAUCCGGGGCAUCGUUUUACGCGGGUCAUCCGAUGCACCAUCCGGUGCAUUCGCUUGUUGCUGCCGGCGAUGGAUCGCAAGGAUACGGUAUGAAGUUUAGCUCAUCGGGCGAUGGGUAUGGGAGCAGCGCUCACGGCAGCUCCGGCGGGUACGAUUACCAUCCUCCACCGCCUCCACAUCCUCCGCCCCAUCCAUCGCCACCGGCCAUCAUUCAUUCGCUUCCUCCACUGUGGCCGGCACCAUCGCACGGCAAAUCUGGCAAGGGCAAAGGUGCAGCACUGUCCGCGCUUACUUUACUGGCGUUUCUUUACUUCCUAAACCUACUGCAAAGCUGCCUGAAGGAACACAUGGAAACAAUGAACCCGACCGUAAUGGUUAUGACGGCCGGUGCAACAAGGCGCAAGGAUAUAGCCACAAGCCUGGAACAGAGUUCCACCUCGGUAGAGGAUGCACCGCGCGAAGGUUCCAAUAUUGGUCCGGAUGGUGAUGCUAUUGAGCAGUAUGAAGGGUUGUCCCAUCGCUACCAGCUGCUUACAAGCUCGAACGGAACACGUAACCCAUACGGGCAACCGAAACGCUCCGAACGUCCAUCAACGACAGGAACUCGCAAAAAACAAAUCUCCACUAAUGGUUACUCGUCGAAACGGAAGCCAUCAGCACAAUACACCGGAAGUGAUUGGUACGAUCGAAACUGAAGCGCGUGAAAAGAUUCCCAAAGCCGAUAAGUGAAAAAGUUACUAAAACAAUAAAUAAAUAUCGGUCCUCUCGGUGAUGGUGAAGCUGAAGUUAGUGUUAGUUUUUGGAAAAUUGAUUGCGGAACACCUUCCGACGUGCAAUUUAAUGGGCGAGCUAAUUUUCCUGUCGUUUUCCGAACGAUUUUCCCGCAUGAAAAGUGUAAACAAUGGAAACACGUUGCUGGACACCGGCAAGGUACUCCAGUGGACGAGAAGAGAGAGAGAGAGAGAGAGAGAGAGAAGGAGAGAAAGAGGGAGCGUUAAUUUAUGAACAGAGUUCAGCUUUAGUGUGGCGAAUUGUUUGAUGGUGGUGAGCAACGAACCCACGUAAGAUAAGAGUGCAAACUGCAGACUGCAAGGAAAGUUUUUCGAUUAAGACGUCCUCCACCGUCCUGUGGAGGUUGCAUAAUGAACAUAAAAUUUAAAUAAGGGAUGCAACACAGAACGGAAGAUACAAAAAAGGGGCUGUAGAAAUAAUUGUUUUUGAAUAGUUUUGCGUCACCGCUAGGACGCCUGUCCACGAAUGAUUGGAGUGUUGUUACCGAUAGGAAAACAAAUGGCACGAAUGACUUGAUGUUUAAACAUCCCUACAAAAAAAAAUAUUCUAAACUGCUGCAGCAACUCCGGAACUUCAGUAUUUGUUUUUUGAAAGUUUUUUCCUCCAUCACACUACAUGACACCAUAGAAAAUAAUUUCCCAUCGAGCGAUCUAUCGCUAAUUGCCAGCAUCCGAUCGAUUGACGUUUGAAACUUGCGCUGCUGCUGCUGUUUCUGUUGACUUUCAAAUGCAGCCUCCCAUAAUUAUGCUCCACGGGAGACGUACAAACACUAACUACCCACUAGCAGCCUACACGGGCCGUGGCGCUUUUCACCGCUAGUGACCGCUAAUAAUAAUUUAGAUCAUUAUCUGAGCGUGCGGCAGAGAACGGAACGCGAGGCCUACGACAGGCGCUAGGUCAAAGCCUCAUUCUCACUGGGGUCAUUAAUUUAUGAGGUGAUAUUUACAUUUAUAGUGCAGUUGUUGAUUAAUAUUUAUUGUAGUCUCAUUAGCAUUUCAUAUUCAUUACCCACCGGGAGUGGUCGUUUUAGACGGGGAAGAUGAGGAGGAGCUGGGUCAAAACGAGUAUGUUUAGAGGUGCGCUCGUAUGUCCGAAAGUGUUGAUCGCCCCAAUCGUUGUUUCGUGCGUACAAUUGCUGGCAUUUGAGUAUAGAUGAUAGGUUGGCGUAUGAGCAAUGAGCAGCAGUGGAAAGGUGAAAUGGGUGCUUUAUGCAUUUGGGUUUGAAUUGGAUUUCGAAAUACAUCGAUGAAUGGUUAUGCAGUCAGGAAGGGGAAAAGUUUUGCCUUAUUUGUGACCCAGUUAGGUUCGUAUGCAAUGUUUGGUCUUAAUGUUUGCUUGCCUUACAUAAAUAUGAAUAAAUACAAGCAAGCAGUAAGCUUCGUCAACA